AUUUUUUUUCAGAAAAUAGGCUAAUUCAAGCAGUGAGGAAAACAUCAGACCUAGAGUUAGAACUAGAAGGAGUUCGUACAACAGAGAAUUCUCUUCGAGAUACUAUUUUGCAACUGCAGAAUUUGAAUGAAUCACUUGGACAAGAUAAAAUUGAAUUGAAUAAAUAUAUAAUUGAGUUGGAAGAUUCAAAAGAAAAUCUUGCUAAAGAAAAGAAUGACUUUGAAAAAGAAUGUAGACACUUGAAGGAAGAGUUUAAGCGGCUGUUACAACGACUUAACGAGGCAGAAGCCAACCAGUCAGCUCUAGCUGAAUCAGUGGAAAGAGCCAAAGUCACAAAAGAUAACUUAGAAGAAGAAAUGGAUCAAAUGGCUAAGGAACGAAUGGAAUUACAAACACAACUUACUAUGGCAAGCCGACAAAAACAGAGUUUGACAGAGAAGUUUCAUGUUGCUCAAGAAACAAUCAAAGAGUGUCAAGAUAAGUUUGAGAGGAUUAGAAAAGAGAAGGAGAAGCUAGCACAAGAUCAUGCUCAGUUACUACAGCGAUUGGAUACAUCAGAUAAAGAACAAAUGCAACAAGGGGAAAUAAUUACUGCUCUACAAGAAGAAAAGGAAGAAUUACAAAGAGCAAUUUAUUCUCUCAACCAUAGCAAGAGCUUACUGGAAGAAAGUAAAAAGCACUUGGAAGAAGAGUUGGAAGUUCAUAAAACAAAACAACAGCUUCUUCAAGGUCAGCUAUUGGACCUCAAAAAGUUGAAAAAUCUGGAUGAGGAAAUGUUUGCCAGAACUAAAAGUAGCUUAACUGAACGCUUGCAACAGUUAGAACAUGAAUAUCAAGUUGCACUGCAACAAGAAAAACACCAGAGAAAAGUAGAUAUUGAAAUUCUGAAUAAAGAGAAGGAAUCUCAAAGAACACGUUUUGAAGCUUCAUAUGGAGAAAUUACGAGUAAAAUGCAAAAUGAAAGAGAAGAACUGAUUAACUGUCAUCAAGAAGAAAUAAACAGUUUAAAACAAGAAUUGGAAAAUAAUCAGAGAAUUACAGAAGAGAAACAGAUCCAAAACCAGCUAGAAAGGAAGCAGGCUGAAGAAAUUGCAAACCAAGAAAGAGGUUCCUUGUUGCAACAACUACAGCAAACACAAGAAGAAGUGAAGCAGACACAACAGCAACUUCUUGAGGCUAGGAGUAUUGCAGAGGAAGAAGCUGAGAAAAAAAAACGCUGCUAUUAAAUCAAGUCAGCAACAAUUAAAGAAAGUUAAGGAGGACCUUGAAAAUACUAUCACACAAAAAGAAAUGGAGCUAAAAGAAAUUAGCAUCCAGCUGGAUGUGGCAUUGAAAGAGAGAGAUUCGGCCUUUCAAGAUGUUACUAGAGUGAAGACAUUGCUGCAAAAAACUGAAGAAACUAAGGAGCAUGUGAAAGAAGAACUCUUAAAUUCCAAGGCAAGAAUAAGAGAAUAAAAAUUACAUAGUCAACAAGCAUGCCUCCUUGAUCCCAGAACAAGUUCUCAAACAGGUGAAGACCACUUCUGAUCAAUAUUCAAUGA